CGCGUGUGGGGGAGGACUACGGGCAUGAUAAACAAGCACCCAGUCAUCGCAGAGGAACAUGGCGGCAGUGCUGUUACAUUGCCGAUUCACGAGUACGAAGGUCCUGACAUAGCAGUUCACAUUUAUGGGACUUCAAGUUACGGCCUUCAAAGAGAGGAGUGGGUGAUACCUGAAGGAAACCUGCAGCAGAAGUUCGUUAAGAAGGAUGCAUUUCAUAAGCCAAGUUGGUGAUAUUUGCUGAAGAUGAGUAGUGCGGGGGACAACACCCCCGACCCUGCUGCCAGGGGAGAGUCUCUGAAGCGGAAAGAAUGUGGUCCGGACCUCCUGGGGCCCAGCCCCAAGCGGAGCACGGAAAAACCAAACCGGGAGCAUGAAAACAAAUACAUUGAAGAACUGGCGGAGUUGAUCUUUGCAAACAUCAACGACAUUGACAACUUCAAUGUCAAGCCUGACAAAUGUGCAAUCUUGAAAGAAACUGUGAAGCAGAUUCGUCAAAUAAAAGAGCAGGAGAAAACAACUACUGCCAAUGCAGAGGAGGUACAGAAAGCACACGUCUCGUCAACAGGCCAAAGUGUUAUUGACAAAGACGCUCUUGGACCAAUGAUGCUCGAGGCUCUGGACGGGUUCUUCUUUGUGGUGAACAUGGAGGGGAACAUUGUGUUUGUGUCGGAGAACGUGACCCAGUACCUGCAGUAUAACCAGGAGGAGCUGAUGAACACCAGCGUCUACAGCGUCCUGCACGUAGGAGACCACGCAGAGUUCAUCAAGAACCUGCUGCCCAAGUCCCUGGUGAACUGCAGAGCACCGCGGUCCAGUGAGAACCCCAACAGGAAUAGCCACACGUUUAACUGCCGCAUGAUGAUCAACCCCCACGGGCCCUGGGAGGGAGGUGAGCAGGAGCCCCAGGACCAGGAGGUGCAGCAGAAGUAUGAGACCAUGCAGUGUUUCGCCGUGUCCGAGCCAAAGUCCAUCAAAGAGGAGGGCGAAGAUUUCCAGUCUUGCCUGAUCUGUGUAGCACGAAGGGUUCCUGUCAAAGAGAGGCCCAUGCUCCCAACGUACGAGAGCUUUACCACAAGGCAGGAUCUCCAAGGUAAGAUCACGUCGCUGGACACCAGUCUGCUGAGAGCCUCCAUGAAGCCAGGCUGGGAAGACCUGGUCAGGAGGUGCAUCCAAAUGUUCCACCUGCAGAACGACGGGGAGAUGUCAUUUGCCAAAAAGCAUCAGCAAGAAGUCCUGAGACAGGGCCAUGCGUUCAGCCCUCUGUAUCGCUUCUCCCUGUCCGACGGUACUAUUGUGUCGGCCCACACCAAGAGCAAGCUGGUGCGCUCCCCUGCCACCAACGAACCUCAGCUCUACAUGUCCCUCCACAUCCUCCAGAGGGAGCAGACGAUGUGUGGGAUGAACCCAGACAUGUCUGCCCAGGGACAGGGGAUGGGGAAGCAGCCAAUGAACACUGUGUCUUCACUGACUCCUCCCAGUGUGGGUGGGCUGUCACCAGGGUUGGGGGGACAGGACACAAUGGUUGGCAGCAAUACCAACAUGGCCACCACGGGUGGGCGUUACAGAUGCCAGGGGGCUAUGAACCGUUCUCCCACUCCUCGGGGUAGCAGCAACUAUGCACUCAAGAUGGAGAUGAGCAGCCCGUCGCAGGGCAGCCCCAGUGUGACCUCUCAGGGGGGUCAAGGUGGCGGUGGUACCAUGCUGUCCCCACGCCACCGCCAGAGCCCCAGUGUGGCGGGUUGCCCCCACGUUGUUCCCACAGGACCCUUCUCCCCGACAGGCAGCCUGCACUCUCCACUAGGGGUGUGUAACAGCACAGGGGUGGGGAACAACCACAGUGUCUACACUGGUAACAGCUCCCUCAAUGCACUUCAGGCCCUCAGCCAAUGCCACGGGGUCUCCCAGCAGGGGCAGUCCAUAGGGUCACCUGACAGGAAGCCAGGCAACAUGCUGCAGAUGCAGAGUCCCCCUGGUAGUGGUGGAGCUAGCAGCACUAGUAACCCCAACCUCAACUCCAGCCAGCUGGCCAACCGCAGCAGCUGCACGUCUGAGAUAGAGAUGUUUGGAGCGUACGGGGAGCAGUCCCAGCCAGACGGGGAGGAGAGGGAGGACGUGGAACAGAAGAAAUCGAAAGAUGACACCCUCAAGCCUUUUGGAGGAUCAGGAGGAGAGCUGACCGAGGCCCAGAACAGGCUCCUCAACAGUAAGGGCCACACCAAGCUCCUGCAGCUACUCACCAACAAGUCAGAGCACAUGGAGCCCUGCUCGCCCCACGGGGCCCCUGGGGGAGGCGAGCCCAACUGUAAGGAUCCCGGGAUGGGACCAGGGGGCCACAACAACCACUCCACCUCGCUGAAGGAGAAACACAAGAUCCUCCAUAGACUCCUCCAGAACAGCACGUCCCCGGUGGAGCUGGCCAAGCUGACGGCUGAGGCCACGGGGAAGGAGCUGGGUCAGGGCCAGCAGGACCAGGGAGGACCAGACUGUAUGGCUGCCACCAUGGCUGAGAUGGCCACCAAGCAGGAGCCCACCAGCCCCAAGAAGAAGGACAACGCUCUGCUGCGCUACCUGCUGGACAAGGACGACAACACCAUGCAGGAGAAAGGCAUCAAGAUUGAGCCCGGGACAGAGAUGAAGCUGGCCAAUGUGAAGACUGAGAAGCACGACCCGGGAUACAACAUGGCAGACCAGUCUAGUGUGCUGGAAGACAUCUUGGAUGAUCUGCAGUGUCGCCAGCAGCAGCAGCUCUUCUCAGGCCAGCACCACCAGCAGUCCAGACCCGUGUCUCUGCCCGCCAACGUAGACAAGCAGUCCAUCAUCAACGACAUCCUGCAGAUGACAGAGAACAACAGCAGUCCCACGGGCACCAACACCCAGCAGAAGGCCUUCCCAGGUAUGGGCCCAGGACACUUCAAUGGUCCCAGGAUGGGUCAGGUAGGCCAACGGCCCCCUGUCCGCAGUAUGACACUGGAUCAGUCCAACAUGUCUGCCCAUGGUUCUCCCCGAUCCUUCCCUCCUCCCAGGAACAGCAGCCCCUACUCUGUCAUGCAGCAGCAAGCCAUGAUGGGAAACCACGGAAUGCUGCAGAACCAGGCUAACAUGGGCAACCCAGGCUUGCCCCAGGCUAGCAUGCAGCAGGGUUGGGGUCCUCAGGGGCCAAUGGGCCAGGCUCUGCAGCAGAGAAUGGGGCCUGAUGGUCGCAUGGUGCCCAACAUCUCAGCUGGAGUCCCCAUGAGGCCCAGUAACCAGCAGCCUGGACUCAGACAGAUGGUCCCAAUGCAGAUGAUGGGAAACGUGCAAUCAGAUAUGGAGAUGGCUGGUCCUCCCUACCCAGGACAGCAGGCACCGCCCAAUCAGACAGCCCCGUGGCCUGACCGCAUGAUGUCAGUGGAUCACGGGCCUUAUGGGAACCAGAACCGACAGGCUUAUGGUAACCCCCAGGAUGAGGUACUGUGUUCUCCCUUGCGGCCUGGGGAGGGUCCUUCGGACGGGGAUGCCCUGCUCAGCCAGCUCUACUCAGUGCUGAAAGACUUUGACGGCCUGGAGGAGAUUGACCGCGCCCUGGGAAUCCCCACUCUGAUUAGUCAGGGCCAGCCAGUGGCGCAGGAGCAGUAUGCCAGUCAGGAGUCACCCAUGAGGAAGCCACCCAUGUAUAGCCAGUACCCCCAGGCUGGUAGCAUGGCACAGGGCAACUACAUGAGCCAGCAGGACCCUGGCUUCCACGGUAUGCCCGGUCAGAUGGGCCAGCGGAUGGGGUACCCCAUGCUCCGACUCCCUGCCCGACCAGGAGGCCCGGUGCCUGCCCAGCCCAACAACCUGAGGCUGCAGCUGCAGCACCGACUACAGGCACAGCUGCAGAAUCGUCAGCCAAUGAUGAAUCAGAUGGGUGUGUCCAACAUGAACCUACCUCUCAGACCCAGUGUACCUAACCAGGGAACCCUGAAUGCUCAGAUGUUGGCCCAGAGACAGAGGGAGUACCUGAGUAACAUCCUGCGCCAGCGCCAGCAGCACGUCCACCAGAGAGCCAUGCUGAUGCGGGCCCAAGGCCUCAACACCCCCCCCAACAUGGCUUCAGCGGCUGGGGCAGUGGAGCCCUCACAGUCCCCUGGCAUGCCCCCCGGUUCCAUGGGCACCAACCCUCGGAUCCCCCAAGCAAACCCCCAGCAGUUCCCCUACCCGGCCAGCUACGGUACUGGUCUUACGUCCCCGCCACCCUCCACCAGCCCCUUCCCCCCGCUGUCCCCUGGUCUCCCUGGGGCUCAGCAGCUCCUCUCCCCUCUCCACUCCUCCUCAAUCUCGCAUGGCUCCUCCCAGAUGAGUCUAGCUAACCAGCAAGGGAUGAUGGGAAACGUAGGUGGCCAGUUUGGAGCCGUAGUGAAUCCACAAAUGCAGCAACACCGUGCCUUCCAGUUUCCCAGCUCAGGUAUAAACCAGCAGCGGCAGGACGCAGGCUUCACAGGAGCCACCACCCCCCAGAGCCCCCUCAUGUCCCCCCGCAUGAGUCACGCCCAGAGCCCCAUGAUGCAACAGCAGGCCCAGGCCAACUCCUCCUACCAGCCCUCCUCUGAGAUGAACGGCUGGCCUCAGGGCAACAUGUCAGGAAACAGAACUAUUGCUGACCCCGGUCUAUUGUUGGACAACACGGUUUACAAAAGGUCAACACCCAAUGAAAACACUGGCAUCCAACCAACCAACUGCUCCUGCAGUUCUCCCUGAACCAACCAACUGCAUUCACCUUAGUGUGACUUAGGUCCUUCACAAAUAGGCUACACGCAGACACACACACACACACACCGACACUUGCACAGACACUUGCACACACACGCCCACGUAUGUAUGUGUGUAUAUAUAUAUAUAUAAUGGACUCAUACUCACACAAUAUAGAAGCAAAACUGAUCCUGUCAGCAGGCAUCUGGUCAGAUAAAUGUAUUCAUUUCAGGGGAUAGAACGCAGACUAUGGCUCCCCUCAAAUGCUCUCUACUCCUCUUUUUAGGUAUUUUCUUAAUAACAAUAUUUUAUUUGUCUGAUCGUUUCUUUGUAUGCACAGGUGUGAGACAAAAUUAUAUCACAUGAUUUCAAAAAUUAAACAAGUGAUAUUAGAAAUGGUUUGAAGAGCAUAAACUAUACAAUGAUGUUGAUUUUGAAUGGUUACAUUGUAAAGCCUGACUAAAGUAGUCACUUGAAAGGUUUAUAAAAUAAAUGUUUUACAGGUAUUUAUUGUUUUUAAACUUGAGAAACUUUCUUUGUAUGAAACUGUAAAAAGGGGGCAAGGGUUAAGUUUCUUAACAAGUAUCCCUUAAUGGUACCUUAGUGUCUAUUUGAAUUACAUAUUUUAGGUCCUGUAGUUUCAGAUGAAAUUGUCAAAUGAAUCCCCCUGCUGCGAUAUGUAUGAAGGUGAAUGUUCAUAGUUUGUAUAUAUUACAGUAUAGAUUAAUUAAGAUGUUUUUUUUUUCUCUCUAGCCUGGUGUUACGACCACUGAAAUAUGACUUCACAGUCAUACCGUUUGUGUUGGAUUAACUAACAAAGGACUGUUUAUCAGGGUUUCAACCAAUUUGCGUAAGGAUUUUUCCUUGCACUUCACCUCGACCUCAUUACAAUGAAAGGAAUGGACAGACCUACCAACAGGCAUAACUGAAUACUUUAGGGUGCUCUGACUGUGCUGAUUUUGUGUGCUGCCCUAUAAAAAAGCUGGAAGUGUAAAAUGAACAGGUAAUAUGUAUUUUUCAAGCCAUAUUCCUGUACUAUUCCCAUUUUUGUUUAUCGUCUGUAAGCACAUAGCAAAUAUGAACUCAUAGAAUUUAUUUUAAAAAAUUGUAGAAUGUGAAAAUUCCAAAUUGUCUGCAAACACUGAAAUGAAGUUGGGCUCACAUAAUCAAGUGUUUAAAAAUGUGUGGCCAGAAAAUAUCUAUUUUGUAGGUUUGCACUGGUUAUUAUGAUGUCACUCUGACGAUGCAAAGGAUAUUUAAUUUUUUGUGUGAUGGCCAAUUUCUCCCAAUUAAUUACAAAUUUUCCUAAACAAGGCAUUAUUAAAGAGUUCAGCAAAGUUUGAAGAUUAGGAUGCUCUGAUAUAUAUAUAUAUAUAUAUAUAUAUAUAUAUAUUCAAGAAAAGUAAUUCUAGAACGAUGCACUGCUCUCAUUGCAAAUCCAAAGAUGUUAUUACUACCUUUUAAAAUAAACUUAAGCCAUGAAGUGUUACUGUGUUAACAGCCUUUUGUAAGGCAUGCAUUUUGGCAAUCAUGAUGACAAGUUUUAAGGAAAGAGUUUGCAUACAAAUAUAACUCACAAAGUUUGGUUGAAUUGAAUUGCUUUUUGUCUUCAAUUCUGACUGAUCAAGACAUUUAUUUUGUAAAAUGUGUUAUUAAUUUAUAGUUUGCUAUUUGAUCAAUUGGUAAAUAUUACAUGCAAGUACCUUAACAUGCUAAAGACCUAGCAUAAUGCCUUAGAUCUGUUUUUCUGUCAUGUGUAUUGCUGUGAAGUUGAAAGUUGUAUCAUAUAUGUAUAGUGAAGUGACAAUACUGAAGAGUGCAUUGUUACUCAGUGGCCGUAACUGAAGUGGCACCCUAUUCACUAUAUAUAGUGCACUACUUUUGAGCAGGGCCUCUAGGGAAUAUAGGGAAUAGGGUGCCAUUUCAGACGCAGACAAUGUACUUGUGCUAUGGUUAGACUACUACACCCCUGUUUUUUUCUUUCAGUUGGUUUUCAGAUUUUUCUUUCCCCCACAUUUUAUUUGUGAUCAGUGGGUUUUAUUAUUAUUAUUUGUACAAUUGUUUCAUAUUUUGACUUUAAGAUGAGUAUGUAAACAAUGGUAAAUCAAAGCAAUAUUGUAAAACAUGAGUUUUUGUGUAGAAAGCUCAGUGUUGCAGUUCAGAGAUGUUUUUCGAGGUGUGAUGUUCAUAUUAAAUAUCACUGUUCACCUGCAUCAAUGUUUAUCCAGAGUGGGAGCAUUUAUGUAAAAAGUUUUAUUUACACCUUAUGCAAGCUGUUGACUAAUAUUGCAUUUGCCAAUGCUGCUUGCUAAUUUAUGAUUUGUCAUUGUAAAUAAAUUAUUUUUUAUUGUUGA